CCAGCAUACUCUCAUGAUAGCAGGAUCUUUGGGAGCUCGAGCUGCACUUUGUUAACCUUGUCUUCAUGCAUUAAUACUCUAAAGUCAACGUCAGUUGCGAUAAACGACAAAGAAGGAUGAGGGGCAAAAUGUACCUCCUUUACUGCAAUUGGCUGUUCAUGACGCCUGACCGCUUUCGGCAGAAACUCUCAAAAUCACAUGAUCCUGCGAACUUGGAAUAAGACUGACCAAUGAUAUUGCACGAAAUGACGCAGUCCAACUUGUAAAAAAAAUCGAUUUUCUAGAUCGCGGGGAAUUAUUCUAUGGGGAAUAAUUCAAUACAUCACAACUAAUUAGGUUUCUCUGAGACCAUCCAGCCCCAGGGAAUCAUCAUGCUUUUCCAAAAGCUGAGGGGAGUCAGGUUCCCCGCAACUGCGGAUUUCCACGUGCAUCUUCGAGAUGGCGCGAUGAUGGAACUAGUCGUGCCAACCCUGCGCAGAGGCGGAGUAAAUACCGUGAUGGUUAUGCCCAAUCUGGUCCCGCCGGUGACUACCGUCCAGCAAGCCCUGGACUAUCGAAAGCGCCUGGAAGCCAUUGAGCCGAAGGUGAAGUAUCUCAUGUCUCUCUAUCUACAUGAGUCGAUCACCCCGGAGACCAUCGUUGAAGCCAAGCAGAGAGGCAUCACGAAUGUGAAGAGCUAUCCUGCUGGUGUCACCACCAACUCCUCUUCCGGAGUUGUUGACUACACUUCUUUCUACCCUGUCUUCGCGGAGAUGGAACGUCAGGGUCUCAUCUUGAACCUGCACGGAGAGCUGCCUUCAAAGGGAGACAUUACGGUCAUGUCUGCGGAGGAACGCUUCCUCCCGACCCUGUUCGAGCUCCACGCAAAGUUCCCCAAGCUUCGUAUUAUUCUGGAACAUCUCACAACCGCUGCAGCCGUAGAGGCUGUGAAGAAGUGCGGCCCGACGGUCGCUGGUACGAUCACCGCCCACCACCUCUCCAUCAUCGUUGAUCACUGGGCUGGCGACCCCUUCUGCUUCUGCAAGCCUGUCGCCAAAACUCCCGCUGAUCGUGACGCUCUUCUGCGAGCUGCGACAUCUGGCAACCCUAAGUUCUUCUUCGGUUCGGACAGUGCUCCUCAUCCGGCUAUCGCGAAGCGUGGCGGAGACAAGAUUGCCGCCGGAGUCUUCUCCCAGCCCUACGCUUCCCAGUUGGUAGUCGACGCUUUUGACCAGGGCUGCCAGAAUGGUGUCUUGAAGGAAGAGGAUAUUACCCCGGAGAUCAUCGAAGGCUUUCUGAGCAAGUUCGGUAGACAAUUCUACGGGCUUGAGGAGGAGAAGCAAGAAUUCAUCACCUUUGACGAGGCCGGCGAUGUCAUUGAGGAUAUCCUGAAAUCGGACGCCGUUGAUGUGGUGCCGUUCCGACGGGGACAGAAGACGUGGGGCAUUUCUUGGGUUUAAGUUGUUGCUACAUAGAACUUAACUACAUAGUCAUCUCAUUAGCGGCUGAGGACCGCGUGGAUGCGGGCCCUGAAAACGUGACCCAGGCAGGU